AUUUAAAAAAUUAUAAAAAAUCGAUGACUUCAUUAAUUUAUCGAUAAUUUUAACAUUUACUAGCCAAUUUAUAAACAAAACAUUUAAAUUCAAAUUUAUGGACAUCUUCGAGAGCUUCUGUCGCACGUGCGGGAACGAGUGCCUGGAAUCGCUGUCCAUUUACGAUGAGAGUGCCCUAGUGCUGGACAAGAUGGUGCCCAUUGCGGAUAUGCUAGCGUCCUGCCUGCCCGUCUCCUUGCCUCCACUGGAUCCAGAGGACGACUAUCCCAAGCAGAUCUGCCGCAUCUGCGUGAAGAAGCUGUCGAUGGCCUACGAGUUCAGCCACCAGUGGCUGUGCGCCCACGGCGAGUUUAACGUGGCCCUAAAGUUCGAGCAGCGCAGAAGGCGCAGCCAGGCCAGCAAAUCCCAGUCGCACACGCAGACCCAAACUCAUCCGGUGGAGCCGAGGAAUGAGCCCACGGUGUUGGCGGAAGCAGUGUCGACCAAAAGAGCAACUGCUCCUCCCACCACCGCGGCCAACUCCAGCAGCGACUCCAUACCGGCCUUCAAGUGCGGCAUCUGCAGCGAAUGUUUUUACACGGAGAAGGCCUGCAAAUUCCACUUAAAGUUCUCGCACAAGGAUCUUUAAAGAUCUUUGGUGUUUUAACAUA